AUGUAUAAUGUUGCUAGUGCAUUGGAUUACCUUCAUCAUCAUUGUGAAACACCAAUUGUUCAUUGUGACCUCAAGCCUAGCAAUAUUCUUCUUGAUGAUGAAAUGAUUGGACAUGUAAGUGACUUCGGCUUGGCAAGAAUCCUUCAUGAUAUUGUCCACGAUUCUUCUACUAAUCAAUCAAGCUCCAUUGGGGUUAAAGGAACUGUUGGUUAUACUCCUCCAGAGUAUGGUAUGGGAAACAAGGUGUCAAUAUACGGUGAUGUUUAUAAUUAUGGCAUAUUAUUAUUAGAGAUGUUUACAGGAAAAAAGCCUAUCGAUAACAGUUUCAACAAUAGCUUAAAUCUUCAUGACUUUGUCAAAGCAAAUUUGCUAGAACGAAUAUUUGAUAUUAUAGAUCCUAUUCUUCUCCCAAAAAUACAAGAGGGAGGGAGAAGGAUGAAUGACACUUGCAAGGAGAAUCGAAAUGGGAGUCUCAAAAUUCAAGAAUGCUUGAUUUUGAUCCUUGGAAUUGGAAUUGCUUGCUCCAAAGAAUAUCCAAGAGAAAGGAUGAACAUCAGUGCUGUUGUAGUCGAGUUGCAUUCAAUUCGGCAAAACCUUCUUAGAACUUGUAUACGAGAGUUAGGUGCACUAAACAACCUAGAGCAGCUGUACUUGGAUCGUUCAUCAAUUGAUAAUAGUUUCCUUCACAAAGUUGGAGUUAUGAAUUCUCUUGAAGUAUUGUCAGUGCAAGACUGUCAUCUCAACGGUAGCUUACCUGCACAAGGCUGGUGUGAACUUAGGAAACUCCAAGAGGUAGACCUCAGUUUCAAUAAUUUUGAAGGGAUACUACCUUCAUGUAUGGCAAACUUGACAUCACUUCAAGUAUUGGAUUUCUCUAACAAUCACUUCACCGGGAACAUUGCCCACUCCCCACUACCAAGUUUGACAUUACUUGAGCACCUCUCUCUGUCAAAUAACGACUUCUUGAUCCCAGCCACAAUGUCCACCUUUUCUAACCUCUCAAAUCUUAAGGGCUUUUUAGGUGAUAACAAUAAAAUUGCCUUUGAACCUGACUCUCAUACUUGGAUUCCAACCUUCCAGUUACAGUUUUUGAGUCUUUCUAACGGACACAAUGUCAAUGGCACAACUCCUAGAUUUCUUCAUUACCAAUAUGAGUUGGUAGUGAUUGAUCUCUCUCACAAUAAUUUGUUCGGAAAGUUUCCCACUUGGUUGCUAGAAAUCAGUACAAAAUUGGAGUCCCUUUUGUUAAAUAAUAACUCUUUCACGGGGCCUUUCAUGCUGCCAUAUGACAUUUGUCACAACAUUAGGAACCUAGAUAUUUCAGAUAAUCACUUACAGGGUCCAAUCCCCAUAAAUUUUGGUUUAAUUUUUCCAAGUUUAGAAUAUUUAAACAUGUCUAAAAAUGCAUUUCAAGGUAGUAUACCUUCUUCUUUUGGGAAAUUGGUUUUCUUACAAGCUCUAGACUUGUCUGAGAAUCAUUUAUCAGGAACAAUACCAAUGCAUUUCGGAAUGGGCUGCCACAACUUAAAUUUUCUCAAAUUGUCAUAUAAUAACUUCAGUGGCCAAAUAUUUCCCACCCAUUUCAAUCUGACUAAUUUAAGAUCUUUACAUUUGGAUAACAAUCACUUUUCGGGUAUGUUCCCAAAUAGCAUCUCAAUAUUAAAUUUUAUUUUCACAAUUGAUUUUAGUAAUAACCAUUUUUCAGGCAUGCUUCCAACGUGGUUGGGGAACAUGUCUGAUUUAAAUGAACUUGUUAUGGCCAAAAAUCAACUUGAAGGUCCUAUUCCAGUCGAGUGGUGCAAAAUUGUUCAGCUUUCAUUUCUUGACCUUUCCGAGAACAAUCUAUCCGGCUCUAUUCCAUCUUGCUUCAAUUCAUCAUAUAUUAGAUCAGUUUAUCUGAAUAAAAAUUGGUUGAGCGGUCCAAUUCCAUGUGCGUUCAAAAACAACUCUAAUCUAGUUACAUUAAAUCUUCGAGAUAACCUCCUAAUUGGAAACAUUCCUGAUUGGAUCGGCAACCUCUCAUCCUUGAGCAUUCUUCUUUUGAGUGAGAAUCAUUUAGAAGGUAGGAUUCCAAAUCAAUUAUGCCUUUUGCAAAACUUAAACAUGUUGGAUCUUUCCUACAAUAAAUUUUCAGGUACAAUACCACAUUGCUUGAGUAACAUUACUUUAGUGGCAUCCUCCCAAAAGCCUAUUUUUGGAGGUUUCCGGGCAGGGCUUUCUAGUUACAAAAUUAGAAUGCCAUACUUGAAGACAAAAUCAACAAAUAUGAAAAAUUGGAAUCAUAUGGGUGAUUUUAUGAUAGAUGUAAGUGGGACAGAUGAAGCAGAGUUCACAACAAAGAAUAGAAUUGACUCCUAUCAUGGAGACAUUCUCAACUACAUGGUUGGAAUUGACCUCUCAUGCAACAAGUUAGUAGGUGAAAUCCCACCUCAACUUGGAAUGAUGAGCACCAUCCGGGCAAUGAACUUAUCACACAACAGUCUAACUGGACCAAUCCCCACAACAUUCUCAAACUUGAAGCUGAUGGAGAGUUUGGAUCUUUCCUAUAACAAUUUAAGUGGUAAAAUUCCACUUGAAUUGACUGAAAUUACCUUUCUAGCAGUCUUCAGUGUGGCACAUAAUAACUUAUCAGGUGCAACACCAGAAAGAAAAAAUCAAUUUGGGACUUUUGGUGAAAGUAGUUAUGAGGGUAACCCUCUUUUGUGUGGACCUCCAUUACAUGAUUGCACCAAAAAUGGACCUCCGUCUACAGUGCUAGUGGAACAUGAUGGUGAAGAUGGUGGUAGUUUCAUUGACAUGGCUGUCUUCUACAUAAGCUUUGUGGUGGUUUACAUAACAGUGUUGUUGGGACUUGUUGUAGUUCUCUACAUAAAUCCUUACUGGCGUAGGGUGUGGUUUAACCUCAUUGAGGCGUGCAUUGACAAUUGCUACUAUUUUGUUGUGGUUCGUUACCAUAAGUUGUUCAAUUUCAGGCUUGCAUAG